AUGGUACCUUCUGUGUCUAUCCUGAUCAUCAAAGCCUUUAAGGAACAACCAAAGGACAGAAGGAAGCAGAAAAUUAUUAAGCACAGUGGAAACAUUGCUUUUGAUGAGGUCAUCCACAUUGCCCAGCAGAUGCAACACCAAUCUUUAGCUCCAGAAUAUUCUGGAACCAUUAAAGAGAUCCUGGGGACUGCCAGGUCUGUGGGCUCUGAUGUGGAUGGCGGUCAUCCUCAUGACAUCAUAGACGAAUCCAACAGUGGUGUGGUGGAAUGCCCAGCUGGUUAA